AUGGCGCCUGGGGAGGAGAUUGUGCCAGACUCCCUGGCCACGGCCAGCUUCAAGGCGCCUCCGCCCUCCAAGGCGGUUAGCCAGGUGCCACCGAAGGCGGUUAGCCAGGCGCCGGCCACAGUGCCAGCCACAGUGCCGGCUACAGUGCCGCCCACUGUGCCAUCGCCCACACCGGUGCCACCGAAGGCAGUAAGCCAGGUUCCAGAGAUGCAAGCUGCGCAGGCCAAAGCUGGCUUCAAGGCGGCGCCUGUGAUGGCCCCGACGCCACCGGUGACGCCCGCGGCAACCGUGGUGCCCGCGGCUACCCCUGCACCAGCGCCUGCCGCAGUCCCUGCACCGCUCGUCGACCCGGGGCACAUUGACCCCUCUUGGGAG